UCUGUUAGCUUUAAAGAUUAAAGAAUAACCGAAAAUGAAUGCAAUUAUUUCAUUGAACUACAGCAGUUUGGAAGAAAUUCCAGAAUAUUUGACGAGCUCACAUGUUACGACGGAAAUCCAGCAUUUGUACAUGAAAGGAAACCGAUUAACCUCAGUGCCACAAACAAUCAACAGACUUGUCCACCUUACAGUGUUGUAUCUGCAAAGCAACAGAAUUGAAAUUCUUCCAAAUAGUAUUGGUUCCUUGAAGACUCUGGAACAAUUAGAUGUCAGCUUUAAUUAUAUUGAAAGACUGCCAGAACAAAUUGGUUAUUUACAGAAUCUAAAACGAUUGUACGCUUUCAGCAACAGAUUAAAGCAACUUCCUAAAUCUAUUGGCGCUCUGAAAAAUCUUGAAGUUUUGGGAGUUAUGAAAAAUGAAAUAUCAGCCCUUCCAGGAGAACUUGGUGGUCUGAUGAAUCUGAAAGAACUAAAUGUGGACAGCAACAACCUAACAAAUCUUCCCAAGGAACUCUGCAACCUCAGCAAUCUACAGGAACUGUCUGCCUCCAAUAACAACCUGAUCACCCUCCCACAAGACUUAGGACUGAUUCAAACUCUAGUCAAUAUUUUUGUGGAUAAUAACCCUUUUUUGAACUGGCUUCCAAUGUCUGUAUAGUCAAGAAUUCAUAAAAUGAAGAUUGGACUAAAUAGGUGUGGCUUUGGGGAUCCACCAGAGCAGACAGUCCAGGCAUAUCACUGUGUGAAUAUAAAAUGGAACAAACAUGAAACAUUCAUCAUUUUACCAAAAGAAAUUACUCAGACCAUGUUGCCCAUGAGCACUGAUACCCUUGCUUCACCUCUACAGCUUUCGAUUUGGUUGAGGGACCCUGAUGAAGAUUGUACUGAGGCGACUGUAGAAUUGUGUCAUGACAGAGAAUUUGCUUCUAGAGUACCAAGUUUACUGGAACUGACCCUAAGGACAUAUUAUAGAGCUUUUUCAAUGCCCCAUAAAGCUGUUCAAGAUGACCCUGAAGUGACCUUGCCACAAACUGUGGAGCAACUGCUACACUGCCCUACAGCACAUUGUAGUCUCUGCAGUGAAGUUCUCUUUGUAGCAGCUUUCCCAUUCAUUUACCAGGACAGCUUCUCUGUAGAAAAGCCAGAUGACAUAUUUCAUUUUCUUGGUCUUUGCUGUUCUGAACAAUGUUUUCUUCAGCAGGCUACAGAGCAGUUACGAUGAAUUAAUUCUAGACAAUCUGAGACUUUGAAAGUUCCUGACCCGAGGACAGCUCAGUUUGGUAUUGACUUCUCCCCACAGUAGCUCAUGGGUAAAUCAAAUCAUCAGUCCUACAACCAAGUUGCAAUAUUCCUCCAUACUAGACUUCAGUUGAACAAUCUGCUGUUGACAUUUUAUGCAUGAUAGACAGUGAUAGUGAAAAUAAAAUGCCAAUCCAAGAAAAUUAUACAAAGUAUGGAUUAACAUACAGUCAGACCUUGUUAUAUCAAUCUCUAUGUGACUGAGAAAAAAUUUCAAUAUCUCUAAGGACCCAAGAGAUCAAGGGAAAAAGUCAAUAUGUGUUUGCCUUUGGGACUUCCAAAUCACUGUGACAUAUUCAUGGUAUUCCAGAUAUCAGUGUUCUAAGAUACUAAAGGUCAACAGUUACUUUGUUGUGCUAACUUUGAAGGAAAUUGCCUUCUAACUUAGCAUUUUUAAAGAGGAAUUAAGUCAUUAAUCCCAAAGAGAGUUAUCCCUCUUACUAGAGGGUCAA